AUGGCGAGCCAGCAACAGGCGAACUUGAAAAGGCAGCAGGUUAUGUUCCUGAUAGAGCUUCAGCUCCAGUACUCCAACUUCAAGAACACCCUGCAGCAACUUGCGCAGAAGAUCGGGGAUAUUGAACAAGAGGCAGAGGAGCAUAAGCUCGUUCUAGAAACUCUCGAACCCCUUCCCAAGGACCGCAAAUGUUUUCGCAUGGUCAACGGAGUGCUGGUCGAGCGCACUAUUCAGGAUGUGAUUCCAGCCCUCAAAACGAAUGCUGAAGGACUCAAGCAAGUGCUCGAUGAGUUAGUCAAGCAGUACAAGGCUAAGCAAACUGAGAUGGAUGAGUGGAAGGGCCGCAGAGUAGAAAUCCUUGCCGAGCUGUGGUUACCUUUCCCAAGAUUUUCGACUUUUGUCUCUCCCAUAUUGCACACAUUCGGAGAUAGGUCUACCUGA